UAGUGAGGUAAAACAAUGUCUUGCUGUAACAAAUGUCAAGACUUUUUCUUUACAUUUACUCUAACGAAAAAAAUUCUCAUUCGGGAAAAGUGUGCAGUAUUCAAGAUCAUUUGUCCCAUUGUCAUUCUAGCAUGUGUCAUAGGGUAUGUGUUCUUUUGUGAUAAGGGCUACCAGGACACAGACACAGUCAUCAGCUCAGUGACCACCAAGGUGAAGGGCAUCGCCUUGACCAACACCUCUGACCUGGGCCUGCGCAUCUGGGACGCGGCUGACUACGUCAUCCCCGCUCAGGAGGAGUCUUCUUUUUUUGUGCUGACCAACCUGAUUAUCACACCAAACCAAACACAGUCGUGCUGCGCUGAGAACCCAGGACCCAGAUCCUCAUGCUCGACUGAUCAGGACUGUGAGAAGGGACUUGUCAACAAGCACAAAACUGGUAUGCAGACGGGCAGGUGUAUCCAGUUUUCGGCAUCAGAGAAGACGUGUGAGGUGCUCGCCUGGUGCCCUCUGGAAAAAGAGGCCAAUCCACCUGAUCCUCCAUUGCUGGCAGAAGCAGAAAAGUUCACAGUGCUGAUAAAGAAUGGCAUCCACUACCCCAAAUUCCACUUCAGGAAACGGAACAUCCUGCCCCAUGUGAACAGCUCCUACCUGUCGCAGUGUGUGUUCAACCGCACGACGGAUCCUGACUGCCCCAUCUUCAGACUCGGGGACAUUGCCUCUGAGGCGGGAGAGGACUUCCAGACCAUGGCAGUCCAUGGUGGGGUGAUGGGGGUGCAGAUCCGCUGGGACUGUGAUCUAGAUUGGCCUGAGAGCUGGUGCGUGCCCACCUACACCUUCCGUCGCCUCGACAACAAGGACCUGAAGAACAACGUUACCACUGGAUACAACUUCAGAUUUGCAAAAUAUUACAAAAAUGAAAGAGGUCAAGAGAGCAGAACUUUAUUCAAAGGUUACGGCAUCCGCUUUGACAUCAAGGUGUUCGGAACAGGAAGAAAAUCCUCCGCUCUGCCGAUUCUGCUCAACCUAGGAGCUAGUUUGGGUCUGCUGGGAACAGCGACUGUAUUGUGUGGUUUUUUAAUAUCGUGUUAUAUAAAAAAAUGCAAAGGCAAGAUCUAUGAAGAGAUCACAUAUGCACAGUUUGUAGGUGACCAGACAGAGGGAUUGGAAAAUCAACAUUAAUUUAAGUUUUGAACAGUUCUGGACACACAGCUAAUAUAUAAUCACGGCUAAUGAAGGACCCCAAGCCUAACCCUAACGUCCUGUUUCUCUGAAACCUUGUGGACUUCACAAGAAUUUG